AUGAGUGAACAAGAAAAAUGUACAGAGGCUUCUAUGCGUAUUUCAUGGAUACUUGCUAAACACAUGAAACCGUUUACCGAUGCUGAUAUAAUCAAAGAAUGUAUAAUUGAAGCUGGAAAUGCGUUAUUUGAUAGUAAAAAUGAUAUUAUGGAGACUAUUCGUAAUAUUCCGUUAUCUACGUCUUCAAAUACUCGAAAUACAGAACUAUUAGCAAAGGAAAAUCAUUCUAAUUUAAUACAAUCUUUAUCAGCCACGCGUUAUUAUGCUUUAGCUAUGGAUGAAUCGUGUGAUAAGACUGAUACAGCUCAGUUGUGUAUUUUUGUACGAUAUUUCGAUAAUACCAGUGAACAGUUUGUUGAAGAAAUAUUAACUAUUUUACCACUGUUAGGGACCACUUGUGGUGAAGACAUAUAUCAAGCUGUUAUAGAAUAUUUCGAAAAAUAUAAAUUAGAUAUGAAAAAACUUAUUUCAUGA